AUGUUAAACAUGCAGCUCUUUAUUCUGCAAGUUAUAUUCGGCUUGAACUGCCUUCAGACAUUUGCAUCUUUGGCCGGUAAUGGGGCCGAUAUUAACGGGAAAUACAUUUUAGAAGGUAUAAACAUACGGGCGAUGUUCGUACCGUACGGAGCGUCUAUCACAAAUCUUUUUAUCAAUGAUACUUCAGGUAUCGAACGCGAUGUAGUAACUGGUUGGGACAACGCUUCAUAUUACAGCAUUGACGCCCAGCACCCUCAUUUCGGUGGUGUUCCGGGCCGCUAUGCCAAUCGAAUUAAAAAUUCUAGCUUCGCGAUUGAUGGGGAAGUAUGGAAGGUCACACCCAAUGAAAAUCCAACAACAGAUAAUCCUGAAGGUGUUGAUACGAUCCAUGGCGGACCUAAUGGUUGGGACUGGCGCAACUGGACGGUCGUAGAGCAGACGACGAAUAGCAUCACGUUCAGUUUGGUGGACGGGGACGGUCAAGAAGGAUUUCCGGGAGAAGUGAUAAGUACCAUAACUUAUACCUUGGGAAAUAUGACGUGGGAUCUCGAGAUGGUUGCAUCGAGUGUGUCAAAAAAGACGCCAGUGAUGCUAAGUAGUCAUACAUAUUUGAAUCUUGAUGGAUUCUCCAAUGAUGAAACUACCACAGCGCUCAACCAUUCCCUAUGGUUGCCUUUUGCUGGGCAAAGAAUCGACACCGACUCAAUACUCGUACCUACCGGUGACAUUCGAGGAAAUGCAAAAGGUAGUGUGAACGAUUUCUGGUCUAAGCCCAAACAAAUUGGCGCCGAUUUUGCUUCUCCUGAUAUUAAUGGGAAUUGUGGAUACAACUGUGUCGGAUACGAUACAUGCUACAUAAAUAACCGUCGAUCGACUUCCCUCAAGUCGACCUGGUCCAACAACUCGUUUCCUGUUGCACGCAUUCGUUCAUCUUGGUCCGGCAUUCAACUUGACAUCUUUAGCGACCAAGAUGCUCUUCAGGUUUAUUCCUGCAAUGGUCAAAAUGGAUCAAUAGCACUAAAAGGCACCCAGGGUACUCCUGACCAGCGAUUUAUCCAAAAGUAUGGCUGUGUAGUGCUAGAGGUUGAGGACUGGAUCGAUGGCAUCAACCAUCCCGAGUGGGGUCGUCAACAGAUUUGGGGGCCAGAUGAUGGUGAAUACCGCCUUGAAGCAAGUUAUCGGUUCAGUAUAAAUAACACUGAAUCUGACUAA